UAUCCUUGAAAGCCCGGGACACUUGAUCUUGCCAUGGCGGGAGAUCCGUUCGAGUCGCCUAUGCUGGCGCGGGAGGAUACUGGAUCCUCCAGUUCCUCCUCAGGAAUGAUGAUGACAAGGAGGUUUGCAGACGGACAUUUGAGAGACCACUCGAUCGAGCGCCAGCACGGGAACGAGCGCCGCUCAGAGGCCGCUGCGCGGCUGCUGGAGUGUUUACAUGCAGAGGCCGCAAUCGAGGCUACCUCCAAGACACCCACGGAGGUGCAGGUGGAUGAAGCACGGCCAUUUGUGGAGCCGUUCGAGCCAUCGGCCUCCUGGUGCAGCGUGAUGUAGGUGAGUGCAUAGUGCUGUGAUGUCCAUGUAGCGUGGCUCACAGGGGAAUCACUCGGCGCUGGUCACUGGUAGCGUCAGCUCGUGACUUGCGGAUGCGGGUGCGUGGUCGAAUUGCACGUGGAUUUGUACAUGUGUUUUUGUGGGGUUCGUGCUGGGGAACAACCCCCUGCUGCUUGCUGAUGACUCUGCCGUGGAAUUUGUA